AUGUUUCUCUUCCAGAAGCAAGUCCUUCGAAUGUGCGAAGAACUCCGGGCGACCAUGGCGCACAACCUGGACUACAGCCAGUGGAUGACCGCAAAUACCAGACAGCACGCCAUUAGCAAGGCAAAAGGAAUCAAAUUCGUCGUCGCAGAGCAAAACCCAGACUUGAUCGAGAACGUGUGCGAGCUCCAUUUUGCUGACAGCGACAUUCUUCGAGUGACAUCGCACACCGAUGCUGCUACAGGGUGCACCGUAAAGGUACCCUUACAGUAUCCUCGACUCUGCCAAGGUGCUGUGCCGCACAAAUUCCGCAACUGCCCCAACUACUUGUCGACUACUGAUGUAAAUGUGAGAGAAGAUCCAGAAGCCAGAAGAGUACGCCUGGAAGCCGAUGCUCUCCAAACUGCAGUUGCAGAAUCUAUGGACCUGUUCCAAGCUGAGGAGGAGGCCGAUAGGAUUCUCGGCAUAAAAGAUGUAACUGACUACUUAAGAAGCAAGAAGUCUGGAUUGUGGCAUGUUAUAGAAAGCAACAAUUGCCUAAUUUUGGUGCACAUUGUUCACGAUGAAGCACCAUGGAUCAAGUAUUUAAUUGUCCUGAAUGCUGAUUUGCGCCUUACAUUCCACGUUGGGAAAAUGGCGACCAAGAGACUAGAAUCCAGUUUACAGAUUCCUGCUAGCGUCAACAGCAAGAAGGCACUAAUCAAGCUCCUAGAGAGCAUUGAAUUGUGGGACAACAGCUUAAGCACCCGGGAUGCAGAUGAGGACAUAUUCGAGACCAUUCAUCUGCUACUUGGCCAGUUGUCCACGACACCAGCAGAGGACAAAGUCCAUGCCAUUCAGUUCCUUAAUGAGCAGUUGGCGCUACUAUCGAAGAAGAAGGAGCAAAGGCGUUACUCAGUCGACUUCAUGAUUUUUUGUUGUAUUUUUUUUACAAUAUCUCCUCAUGCUUACAAGUAUGUCCGCAGCAGUGGUAACAUUUUUCUCCCACACCCGGCGACCAUCCGUUCAAUCUGCUCCUCGUACGACAUGAAUCCUCAACACGAGCAUCGAAGUUCAACAUUCCUGAGCUAUAUGAGGAAGAGGAUUUUUGACCUUGAUGAUCGCCAGCGUUUUGUGACACUUAUGGUGGAUGAGGUUCACAUAAAGCCCUUUUUUGACUAUAAAGGCGGAAACAUCACCGGCGUGGCGCUCAACUCCACGGAACCAGCCAACAGUGCGUUUGUUUUUAUGCUUCAAAGCAUCACGUCCAACUUCAAGGAAGUUGCCCACAUCGUCCCUGUGCACCGAGCGGACGCGAAGUUUCUGCACAAGAUGUUGGGAGACGUGAUUUGUGAGCUGGAGAACAUCGGUUACAGGGUUGUGUGUGUCGUGAGUGAUAACAAUGCGGUGAACAGAAAGGCGAUGUCCCACUUCGUUACACCACCACCCAAAGAACCACGGAUUGUGUAUCCACACCCAUCUGAUCCUCCCAGGCCACUGUUUUUCGUGAUAGAUCCGGUGCACAUUCUGAAGUGUAUCCGCAACAAUUGGCUCAACCAACAAGAUGACAAAGUUUGUUUCUACUACCCAGAGUUUGAGAGUGAGCCGACAAGGCAGCGGCGCAGGCUGCGAGCAUCUUUUGAAACAAUCAGAGAUGCGCACAACUUGGAAUGCGAGCAAGUGCUGAGGUUUGGCUACACUCCGUCAAGAAAGGCUCUGAACCCCUCAAGUAUUGAACGGCAAAACGUGAAGCUUGCUUUGCAGAUCUUCCAUGAGUCCUUGCCCCAUGCCCUUCGUGCACUUGGAUCGAAAACAAGUCUCCAAUACUGUGAGGAAACAGCAAGCUUCAUCGAAAUCAUAGUGAAAUGGUGGAACAUUAUGAAUGUCAAGACACCAUGCAAAGGAAUGGCAAAAAGGGAUGACUUUCAAAAACCUCUCUUUCCUUCGAUGGAUGAUCCGAAGGUGGAUUUUCUCUACAACCUUCUGGACUGGCUCGAAGAGUGGAAGAGUACAGACUUUACCGGAGGCAAGCUAACCCCGGAGACCCAUGCUGCUCUCCACCAGACGACUUAUGCACUCUUGGAGGUCGCCAGGUACUGCUUCGAAGAACUGCAGCUGUCCUACUUUCUCUUGGGAAAGAUUCAGACGGACAGCUUGGAAGAGCGCUUUGGAAAGUACAGACGACUGGCUGGAUCACAGUAUCAUGUGUCCAUAAGGCAAAUUUUUGAAGCUGAGCAUAAACUGCGGCUGCAAAGCACUCUGCCAAAGAUCGCCACAGCUUCCGUAAGUGGCAGCAAAAGAGACGAGCAAUGGGAAGAUCUCUUCAAACGCACGGAUGCCCCACGCCCCAAUUGCAACGUCGUAGUAACUGAGGAAGCGUUGUCACAGAUAAAGGACAUCAUCCCGGUCCUUGUCUAUGUAGCAGGAUAUGCUGUGUAUGCAACUGUGAAAAAGCUGAACUGUGAGAAAUGCAGGGCUGUAUGGUCAAUAGACAAAACAAUCACGGUUUCAGUCAUGCAGCAGCACUACGACCUUGUGAGAGAACUUGACAGGGGAGGACUCAUCCAUCCAACAAUGUUUGUUGUAAAUGCAGUUGCAAACAACUAUGUUGUUGUUGUCCAACUGUCGAAGCAGCCAGAGUUUUUGCAGAUGCCAAACCAGCGGCAGGUAGCAACAGAGCUCACUGUUGAACUUCUAGCCAGCGAUGAAUUCUCGGACUUUGACACCUGUGGAGAUGGACACACGAGCGAGCAGGUGCUUAAGCAUAUUUUAUGGUGUAGCACAAACAUUAUGUUG